CAGUGGGGUGUUGAUAUUUUUCCUUUUCAUGUUUGAUGUUUCCACCAUGAAUCAUCAAGGACGUCACUAUUUCAUACGGCUUGACACGUCAGAGAAGAUUAUUUCUUGUCGCGACAUUUUGGGCUAUUUGGCGUUGUUUUGAUUUUCGUCUUUGUUUAAUCGGAAAGAACGAUCCACGUGAUAAUUUAAUAAAACAUUAAAUUAGUAUAUUCCGCUUCGAUUCCUGUUUAGAGAAUGAUACCUAAAACGUGCAUCAACUUAAGUGACCAGCAUUCAAUAGCUUUACCCACGAUUGGUCUUGGUACAUACUCAAUACUUGGCGCCGAUGGCAAGGAAGCGAUCAGAACAGCAAUCGACGUGGGCUAUCGUAUGUUUGAUACGGCGGUUGCGUAUGGAAAUGAAGCGAUCGUUGGUGAAGCAAUACGCGAAAAAAUACGUGAAUGUAACAAUCUGACCCGAGAUGAUUUUUUUAUCAUCUCGAAACUUUCGGGAUCGUAUCAUCGCCAGGAUCUGGUUGAAAAGUGUUGCCGAAUGACCUUGGAUCGUUUGGGUAUGGAUUAUGUAGAUCUUUACCUGAUGCACACACCUGUUGCCUUGCAGUCUGAAAAGAAAUGUGCGGGAAAUGGAACGAAACCAAAUGCCAUCGACGAUAGUAUUGCUCCUACAGAAGCGUGGAUAGGAUUGGAGCAAUGUUACCAAGAAGGACUAUGCCGUUCCAUAGGUGUAUCUAAUUUCAACGAGCAUCAAAUAAAUGCUCUACUCUCAGACGCAUCCAUAGUUCCAGCGGUGAAUCAGAUUGAAUGCUCGAUCGGAUUCAAUCAAAGGCCGAUGCGCAAAUUUUGUCAACAGCAAAACAUUCUAGUGAUGGGCUAUACACCAUUAGGAAAGCAGAAAUUACCAUUCCUACAGAAUAAUCGUUUAAAAGAAAUUGCUCUUUCCGUUGAUAAAACUACGGCGCAAGUUAGUUUGAGAUAUCUGAUAGAUGAAGGUGUUGUUCCGAUCGUAAAAUCAACUGAUCGUAAACGGCAGCAAGAAAAUUUGGACAUUUUUGAUUUCAAGCUCACCAAACAACAGCUGGAAGAAUUAGAUGCCAUCGGAGGGGAUCAGCGUGCAUGCAAAAUGGAUUUUUUAGCAGGAGCUAAGCAUUUUCCUUUUACAGACUGUUAAAUUUUCUUACUGCUGUUGUUGUAUUUUAAUACGGGUUUGGCCGCUUGGAUGUUUAGCAGUGAGAAUGGAAAAUAUUGUUUCUAAUCUGUUUAUCAUCGUACCAAGAGUUGUAGGGCAAUAAAACUGGAAUGAUCGUAGACAGUAAGGUAAAGAUCAUCCAAAAGAAACUUAAUUAAAUUGCUAACGGAAUGUCCAUAAAAAAAUAAAACACAUACAGGCGGUCCCCGAGAUACACGGUACCUCAUAUACGCGGAUUUCAAAAUUUGACAGUUCUUUGAGCAAAUUGUACUGAUUUGAAACAUCCAUUGUGAAAUACCAAAUAAUUUCCGUAUUGAUCGAAUGUAAAAUACCAUUUAAAAAGGUUUAAAACUGUUCAAUUCAUUAGAAACAUAUCAAAUAAUUAAUUUGGUGGCUAAAACCACCCCCUGCUUGCAAAAUUGCACGAAAAUUAGUGAUAUUUUGGGUGGAAAUCACGAGAUUCGACUUACGCGGAAAUUCGAGAUACGCGGUAUUUUGCGGCCGUUUUCGGUCCCCAAUAACCGUGUAUCUCGGGGACCGCCUGUACAGUCUGUUCUGUUUAAGUAAUCCACUUAAAAGCCCAAAAUAACAGAAUUUUCCGCACAAAUCGUAUUAAAUAAAGUACAAAGUGUAUAAAAGUACUAAAUUGAAUAAAAAAUAUCGAGUAAUCAAUUGUAUUUCGUCAGAAAACC